UGCAGGAGGCUACACGCUGAACGACGUUACCGCCGGGAGGACCAGUGAUACAGCAAAACCCAAGCGAAGACCCAGAGGAAUGGAUUUAAGCCGUGUGCGCCGCUUUUGUUAGAAGUGUUUCGUUUUAAAAGCACCGUGCAGCGGAUUAAAGGGGGCUUAUUGCAUACUGUCAGAGACCAACUACCGCCCGGAUCUUCUCGAAAUGCAUCAUCCGGACCCUGCAGGAGACUCUGGCAGUGUUAGAAAGAUGGCGCACCCGGCUGUCUUUCACAGAAGGGGGAGCAACACGGCAGCGGAAGCGGCCCCACGCUGUCAGCACCGGCAAACCCCGGUGGUCCUUAACAGCCACGUCCCAGCCGAUGACUACCCACCCUCCCUGUUGAUUCAGCCUCCUGCUGGCUCAUCCUCCCCCGGUCCCCACCAUCCUCCUCCUCCCCACAGCCUGAAUCUGCUCUCCCAGCCCACACAGUCCACUGGAGCUCAGAUGAAAAAGAAGAGCGGUUUCCAGAUCACAAGUGUGACUCCAGCGCAGGUAUCUGUUAGCACUAAUAACAGCAUCGCAGAGGAUACGGAGAGCUACGACGACCUGGAUGAGUCCCACACGGAGGAUCUGUCAUCUUCUGAGAUUCUGGAUGUGUCCCUCUCUCGAGCUAACGAUGUAGUUGGAGCGGAGAGAAGCUCCUCAGAGGAGACAUUGAAUAAUUUCCAUGAAGUGGAGACCCCAGGAGCUGUCUCUCCAAACCAGCCUUCACACCCCCAUACCCUGAGCCAGGCACAGAAGCAGCAUGGUGGAGCCAUGGUGAAUGGGACUAUACACAAUCAACAUCCUUCUCAUCCUAACCAUGCCCAGGUCUACCCUCUGUCCUCUGGGCCCGGGAGUGCCCCAUUGGCGCUCACCUCUGGAGCUUUACCAUGUGUCACCCAAAUGCCUUCUAAUGUGGGCGGCCCUCAAGAAAGUGUUUCCCAGGCUGCUCCUUCAAGUAUCGCCACUCAGCCUACAGGGAUUGCGGUCCCAGGAUCUAUCUCUGGAAUGCACAGCUCUGCUGCAGGCACUACAGUUAGCGUAGUUAAUCCCCAGACCAGCAGUGUUAGUAAUGUGAAUAUGUUGAGCUCUGCCAAUGUGCCUGUGAGAGGGGGGAUCAGCACAAGUGCUAGUACUAGCAGUGGAGGCUCUCUCAAUGUGAUGAGCAGCAGUGGUGGGAGCGGUGGAGGAGGUGCUGCUGCUCCAGCUGGGAGCAACCUUAUGGGCACUACUAGCAUGAUUCAGCAACACCAAAACUUAAACUCCAGCAUUGCUAUGACUGCUUCAACUACUGUUGCUGCUGUUGCUGUGAGUGCCUCUGGAGGUGUAGGGGUCCCCAGCGGGAACCAUGGAGUUGGAUCAGCUGUGCAGCAGCCUGCGAGUGCACCUGUUACAGCUGCGACUACAGCUCCUGUAUCAUCUGCUCCUCCGGCCCCUGUGGUGGCCACCACCACCACAAGCUCUCGCUUCAGAGUGGUGAAGCUGGACUCUAGCUCUGAGCCCUUCAAGAAGGGCAGAUGGACUUGCACUGAAUUCUAUGAUAAGGAGACCCCAGCCCCUGCCCCCCCCUCUUCUUCUGAUACUGGGUCCCACAGCAUACGACUUGUCUCUGAGAGCUUUGCUGGGGGGUCUGAGAAGGAAAGCACAAGUGGGAGUUCUGUGAGCCAUUACAUUGAGAGUGUUUGCAGUGGAGAUGCUGGUGGACCACAGCAUGCACAGGAUUACACCUCUGCUCCUCAGGGCUUUCAAGGAAUCCUCCCCAGUGGGUUAAGCAUGGGAGUAUCUCACACCCAACAACAGCAUGAUAAAACUACUUUGGCCCCCUCAGCUCCUACAAACAUUCAUCAGCCUGCACCCAUGCCGAGCCACCAGACCACCACUGGACUCUCUGCUGCCCAGCAGCAACUCACCUAUGCCCAGGCAGUUGCUAAUCAACCCCCAGUGGGAGUUCAGCAGCAGAAGUUGGCUUAUGCCACCUUACCACAGCAAUCAGUUGCUACCCCUCAAGCACCCACGAUGUCAAUGAGGCCACCUGAGUACACCCCAGUCAGCAAAGGUAUCCCCCAUUCUGCUGCUGCUUCUCAGCCUUUGUCCAACCAAGCUGGAUCCACAUCUGCUGGGAUAGCUAAUGGAUCCUCCCAUAUGAUGGGAGGUCCUCAGCAGCCCCACUCUCUUCAAUCUACCAGCUCUAAUAUGCCCUCUCAUGUUGGUGUAGCAGGUGUGGGCCAGCAGCCUCAGAGCCACCCAAGCCAUUUGGAUUGCCAGCAGCAAAAGCCACAGUCGCUCCCAACACAGAUCCAAAACCAAGGGCUGAGCACCCAGCUGCCCGCUACGGUCCACCAGAGCCAGGUGUCUGCCCCAAGUGUACCUCCCCCUAACCUUCAGAGUGAUCACCAGGCUCAGGCCCAACCCCAAGCCCACAACACUGGGAAUACUGCUCAGAUGCCCCCGCAGGGUGUUCCCCAUAGCCAACCGUCUUCUGUCGGCUUGACCCAUGACCACAGCAGCCAGGCCCUGGCUCACGCUGCCCAGGCCAGUGCCCUGUAUGCCAGUCUGCCGAGCUUCACCACUACUCAGCUGCAGGAUGCCCAGCGGCUGCCUCAGCAUCAGUCGGCCUUGUUGGGGCUGCCCAAAUUGUCUGGGGGGAGGCUGUCUGGAUCCAACACUAGCCAUGGUCAGGAAACUGAGGACGCCGCCACCGCCAGUGCCUUAACAGCACGCGGUGUCAAGACUGUAGAUGGAGAGGAGGGAUGGCAUACCUUCACCUCUCCAGGAUCCCUUAUACCUGCUCUACAGAAUGUCUAUACAAUGCCAUCUACAAACAUCAUAGUCCAGGGAGACUCCUGCCUGACGUCAUCUGUCAUCCUUUCCAUCACCACUGGAAAGAGAAGCGGCUCAGAGCAGAUCCCUGAUGUAAUCCCACCCCCACCUUAA